AUUCUAAUAUACAGCCAGGAUUUAGGAUUCCCCUAGAAUAGAGAUCUUGAUUUUAGCAUAUAUAAUAACCAUUUGAGGGACUUUGAAAAAUACUGCUAACUGGAUCCGACUCUGGGAUUCUGAUUUAAUUGGUGUGAGGUGAGGCCGGGCACCAGGAUUUCUGAAUGCUCCCAGGAGAAUUUAAUGUGGAUCCCAGGGUGAGACCCAGUGCCCUGGACCAACGACAUCAUUUUGGAGAUGGGAAGCCAAAGUCUAGGAUGGAAAUGUAUUCCAAAGUCACACAGCAGAUGAAUGAGUGCAGAGCACUCCUCUCAUGCUGCAGAGCACAAAGCACUUGCCUCUAUUUGUAUCUCUGAUCAUUUGCUUCCAUACAAAUAGCUUCAUAUCAUCCCUACAACUUCUGGUGAGGUAGUGGGUAGUCAUUACUUCCACUUUACGGAGGAGAAUAUCGAGGAACAAAACUGUCUGUGUGACUUGCCCAAGGUAGAGGUAAGAACCUAGAAUGUCCAGUUCCUGGUCCAGCACUCUUAACUCCAUCCCAUUGUAAUAUACAGGUUCUAGAAUGAACAGGUCAAUGCUGUGAGGUGGGUUCCAGGUGUAAAGGGCAGGGACUAUGAGGUGACAUUCUAGAAUGGUGGGAAGGGUAGGACAGGAGGCAGAUGACUGUUCCCUCACAAACGGGGGCUUUGGGGCAGCCAUGUCCUACUUCGUGCCUCCACAAACUCAUCAAGGUCUUCUGCCUUCCAGCCAAGGUGGGGCUGCUUCUCCAGGCUCAUCCCUUGGCCUCUACAGUCCUGUAGAGCCAGUGGUGGUGGCCUCUGGUGGAUUAGGCCCACUGAGCCAGAAAGCUGAACAGGUGGCACCUGUUGCCCAGGCCUGGGGCCCAGCCCUGGCAGUGCCAGAAGCCAGGGGCUGCCCUGGGGGGGCUAGCUGGGAGAUACUACAGCGGACUGAGUAUGGCCGAUACAACCACAAAUUCCCCUACGCAAGGCAGCCAGAGAGCCUGGGCUGGGAGGAUGGCUGCUCCAGAAGCAGAGCUCCCCAGCUGGGUGGCCCCAGCAGGCCUGGGCCCCUGCUGUUGUGUGGGCUGUCACCAGGCGUUCUACCGAUGCCCUCCGAGGCAGAGGGGACAGAGGCCGGCUCCCAGCCUGACAUCUGCAUCCUUACCCUGGCCAUGAUGAUCGCUGGCAUCCCCACCGUGCCUGUCCCAGGCCUGAGGGAAGAGGACCUGAUCCGGGCCGCUCAAGCUUUCAUGAUGGCCCACCCAGAGCCAGGAGGGGUUAUGGAAGGGGCGCGGUGCGAGCAGGCACAUGCCCACACAGCCUCAGGGCAAAUGCCCCUAAUGAGAUCCAGGAGAGGCCAGCCUCCUGGCUCCUGCUUGUAGCUGGAUGAAAUAGCACCAGACACAUAGGGUGGCUUCUCCGCAUGGUUUUUGGGCAGACAGAAUUGGGGGUACCUGUGACAAGGAUGGGGGGAGAGGGUGGUUGUUUGAGCCACCCUGAUGAACACAAGCCUUUCAUCUGAGUCAUCAGGGCCCAGACCCCAGAAGUUUCUCCAGAUACCACUAAGUCAGGAGAUAGGUCUUCUCAGGGUAGUUACGAUGAAAAUUACCUGAGGGAGCCCAGCUUGGAGUGGAGGCCUCUUUUGUACAGUUUUGGGAUUUGAUCAAGAUGUACAAAGUCCUAGGCCAUGUGAACUUUCCUCUUACCUUACAUUUCUCAGCCAGCUGAGGGCAAUUGAUGGGACGGACCAGAGGCAAGGAAGGAAAAUGAACAGUUAUUUGAGUGCCCCCUGGUCAUUGGGCCCAUUACAUGCAGGCUCUCCUUUAAUCUUACCAAUGCUCUGAGGCUCUCCAUUUUUACAGAUGAACAGAUCGAGCCUUUUGAGGGGUGACCUGCUUGAUGUCCCAGAGCUAGUAAAAGGCACAACCAGGCCUCAAAAAUCAGGCAGAGAAAAAAAACCAAGAUUUGCAUGUAGUGUCAGACUCCAAAGUCUAUUCUUUCCACAAUAUUUGCUGUCUUCUAGAAGACAACAAAAACUAGUCAAAUGCUGGAACAGGCAACAUUUGACUUUAAUGACCUCGGUGGGGGCCGGGGGACAAAGGCUGAGAUCCAUCUCUCCUCUGUGAGUCAGGUGAGGCAUCUAAUGACUGCAGAAGCUAUUACCAAACUCCUGCCCUUGAUCCCUUAUCUACACCCAGUGUCUUACUCUAGAACAGAAGCCACCUGUUU